AGCGCGCGCCCGUGCUGCCCGCGGAGCCUCCUCCACAGCACCUCUGGGCUGCGUACGACCACAGGAAAUUCACGCCGUCGCCGCGAGGCUGCCUCCCAACCACGCCGUCGCCGCGAGGCUGCCUCCCCAUCACCACCAGUAAAAGGCUGCAGCAAUCAAAGCCAUGUCCAAUGAAAUCCCCCCGGGCAUGCCCCCUCAUCCAUUGAGAGGGCAGAUCACGAACGUCCACGACCUCGCCUACGUGUCGAGCCUGGGAAACAUCGACCCGGUCGCCGAUAGAGCACAGAACGCCGGGCGACGAGCCGCGAAACAAAAGCGACCGGAGGGCAUGCAACCUACCAACAUAAAAAAACUCGCCGCGGGCAUCAAAGGAGAAGAUGGGGAAAAGAUCGACGAGGCCCAGAAGGCCGCGAUCGUGAAGGCCAUGGAGCAGAUCGAGGCGCAGCAGAUGGCCGCGUUCUUCCGGAGGGACGCUUGUUCUUUGAGGAUCGCGAAGAUCAGCGAAAAAUUGAAGGACAAGAACACGGAACUAAGUGCCAUCGAGCGCGACAUGAGUCAGAUGGAGGCUCGAGUCAAUGCUAUUAAAAAAGAAGUGAAAAAAUCAGUACAGGCUCGGGAGAAGGAGGCCGAGGAGCUGGAGGUCAUGCGCAGCGAGAACGAGAACAUCAAGAAUGUAGCUUUAACUGAUCUGGAGUUGAAGGCGAAGAACCUCAGGCAAGAUGUGAAAGAUAUUGAUCGAGCCAUAAAAGCCGCGAUCUGGAGUGCUGGUUCGAGUGAUGGGUUUACUCAGAUAGGUGUGGGUGCAGAUACUCCACUACCAGAAAUAGAACCGGUGGAGCCCAUCAUCAUCCGGCCGAAGAAGGUUGUGGAAGAUACUGGUAGUCUUGUUGGUUCCAUCAGGGGAAGGCCUACCUCGCGAGCGCCUACGGCCGAGUCCUUCAGUGUCAAGAAGUACGAGAUGAACGCGUCCAUGGGGUUGAAGGAUCCUUCCGAGUUGUCUUAUAAACAAGCGGCGCCGCUGGAUAUCCUGCGGGCGCAUUCCACUGGAAGUACGAGAGGUACGGACGUGUUCGGCUCGCUCAUAGCUAGGGAGUCGGAUCUCAUCGCGGCGGGCCAGCGGUCCGUGCUGGGCGAGGCGCUGCCGCCGGAGACGCUGCGGUCGUUGGUGCGGUCGCCGAUUCCGCGGCGGCGGACGGCUUCUUCCGCGGGUACGACGCGGCCACGUUCGAGAUUGGCGUCGCAGCGGCUCUAA